CAACCGCCCAUGUAUUAUAUUUUUUUAACCCUUCCAGAAAGAAAUAAAGAUGACAGAUGAUAUGGGGCCCCGGCCAAUCAUACGAUGACAAAGGCGAUGGUGCCGCUGAAAACAGAUCGGGACAGACCUGAGCACUGACAUCAUGCCGGAAAUCAAGAUCCAACAUGUCGUAUCUUCUAGUUCAGAAGACAAGAACCACCCUGCUGAGAACCUGCUGAAACCUGAGGGGACGUUCAAAUGGAAGUGUGCUGCCCCGGGAGAGAAGUCUGCUGUGCUGGUAUUGCAGUUGGAGCGUGCUUCCCAGAUCAGCAGUAUUGACAUCGGCAAUGAGGGCUCCGGCUUCGUGGAGGUGUUGGUGGGGAGGUCAACUGCUGCAGCUGACACCGACUACCAGGUGAUCUUGGUGGCAUCGUCAUUCAUGACUCCCUUGGAGAGCCGAAACGGCACCAACAGGAACAGUGUUCGUAUGUUCGGAGUGGAUAAACUGUCCAGAGCUGUGACAGACAAGAAAUGGGAUCGAGUGAAGAUAGUCUGUACCCAGCCUUUCUGUAAGACUGCUGCCUAUGGGUUGUCCUUCAUCAAGCUUCAUGCUCCAGGCGCGGGGAGGGAAGCAGAGAAAACUCCCACACAAAAGACGCUGGGUGCCUUCAAGCUGAAGACUCCUGAGAGUGACGAUAUCAAAGUGGGAGCUCUGUUUGCCAAGAGGAAUGAAACAUUGGAGCCACCUCCCCUUAAAGGUGCUGCAGCAGUGAGAGUCGCAUCUAAGAUGGCGGAAGGGUCAAGGUCAUCGAGUAGUGAGGGCAAGAGAGAAGAGAAGAAAACAGACACCCCACCACAAGCUAAGCCUAGUCCGGCAAAGCGGAAGCAUGAUGUCAGCAGUGAUGAGGAAGUGCCCGUGAUGCCAGUGAAGACGCCACUCAGGAAACAGUCCAGCAGUCUCACCUCCACAAUUUCCUCCUCCUCACGAGAUGAAGCAGCCCCACCCCUCAAGAGAACUAAAUCGGAGCCUCCAAAGACAUCACCGGCCAAGGCGUUCCACAAGUUGAUGGACAAGGUUGUGUUUGUAAUGAGUGGCUACCAGAACCCCUACCGCACAGAACUGAGAGACAAGGCUCUGGAGAUGGGGGCCAAGUAUCGUCCAGACUGGGGGCGGGGCUGUACACACCUAAUAUGUGCGUUUGACAACACCCCCAAGUACCAGCAAGUGGAGGGGCGUGGCCGGAUUGUCACCAAGCAGUGGAUUGUGGACAGCUACAAGCAGAAGAAGCUCCUGCCAUGGAGGAAAUACAGAGUUGGAGAUGCGGGUACCCCAGACGAGAGUUCUGACGAGGAGGAGACCAGUGCCCUACCGACGCACAAGCCGGUCUCACAAGUCAGUGCCAGCAAGAAGAUAACGACACCAAACCCUCCUCUCAAGAAAAACUCAAGCAAGAUGGUCGUAGAUGACCUUUACGGAGGAGACACAGACUCGGGUGAGGACACAGACGAUGAAAUAAGGAGGGCCAAGGAGAAGGUAGCCAAGCAUGAAGCUGCCACUGCCAAGUCACCUGGGAAAAAAGAUGUUGACCCGUACUGUGGCUCCACUGAUGAAGACGAUGACACUCCCCCAGCCAGUACUAGAGACGAUGACAGUGCUGACUCAGGACUGCCUGACCUACCAGACUUUUUCGCUGACAAACACUUCUUCCUGUAUGGAGAGAUCCCUGGCCCUGAGAGACGGCUCCUCGUCCGAUACAUUGCUGCAUACGAUGGAUGUCUGGAGGAAUACAUGUCAGACACGGUGAAGUAUGUGGUCACCGCAUCCACGUGGGAUGACAACUUUGAUGAGGCCCUCAGUGACAACCCAAACCUGGUCUUUGUGAAGCCACAGUGGCUUCAGGCGUGUCACGACAAGAGCAAACUGAUGCCCUAUCAACCCUUCAUAGUCGUGCCUACAUGAAGACCAGGAAGCCCUUCAUACCUAUGUGAGGCAUUGCCAAAUUGUCGUAAUUGUGAGGCAUUGCCGCAUUGUCGUAAUUGUGAGGCAUUGCCGCAUUGUCAAACCCACACUGUAGUAUGUGAGUUACUGCCACACUGUUGUGGCAACAUGAUGCUAGGACAAGGGUAGCUGCGAAGUUGUCUUACAGUACAACACAGAGUAAUGUAUAUGAGCUAUUAUCACACAGGAACCUCUUGAACCAACCAACCAACCACUACUGUCAAACUGUGUUGUAUUAUAUGUUAUGUGUCAUAUGCAGGUUUACACACACAACAUUUCAUGUUGAUAAAUGCUGAGCUGUUACAGGCAGGCACAGAAGGACAUCACAACAAAACAUUUGUAAUGAAUAAUAAAACUUUUUAUGACCAA